CGCAGUUGUCAUCUGGAUAUUUGGAGGCCAUCAACCCUAUCCUAACGCAAUGCAGGACAAUUGUCCAGAGACGACCAGCUUCAUCCGGGUUCAUCCCUCCAUCGUCUUCUUCUGUGUGCUGCUAGUGGUUGUAGGGAUCCCAGGGAACUGUCUCAUCCUCUUCAUCUACACCAAGAAGAUCAACAUCCAUAUCAUCAGCUUCUUUACUAAGACCCAAGCUUUUCUCAACCUUGUGAGCACGUUAUGUCUGUUACCCGCACUUGUGUUAUUCAAAAUGAAUGUCGAAGAAGCAUUUUUCUCCAAAUGGUUUUCUGUUGGGCAACAUUUCUUUGUUUUCAACACGGGCCUGUUUUACGUGACCAUUGCCGUUCAAAGAUACAAAAAGAUGUGUAAAGAUCAGCAGUCACAGAUUAAUGCCUCUUUGGCAAAGAAGAUACUUUUGGGUUGUGUCCUCAUUUCUGUUCUUUCAUGCACGCCACAUGCGUUGCUAAUAGACGUCAACUAUACUGUUGUGAACGCAACAAAUGGAAUAACUACUAGUUACUCUUUGAUAAACAUAACCUAUAUUGACUUCACUGAAUAUGCAAAAACAUAUCACCUUGCUACAAUAUACGUAUCAUGGUUACUACUCGAGCUCACUGCCAUUGUUGUGUCUCUCACAGUGCUGUAUUCGUUAAUUGGAAAGCACAUAGCAGCUCACAAACGUCAAAUGUCAAGGUACUCUGUGUCAGGUCAAGGUCACACGAAGCUUUCCAACCCCACAGCCAUGUUCUUCACGCUGACCAUGAUAUUCCUCCUGAGUGUUGCACCGAGGAUGGGGCUUGCUAUAUUUGUACAACAAAGUAUCAACCAUUCUCAUUACUCGCAAUCAGUUCACCAUGUGAGGGAUGUGAUACUCAUGUUGCCCUUCAUCAACUGUAUAGUCAACCCUUUCGUCUAUGGAUUCACAUCAAAGGUGUUCCGACAGCACCUUGUGUCUCUCUUUUGUGCUUGCAAUGGUAGGAAAGAGUCGACACCACCACCAUCGCAAACCGAGCGAACACAAGAAUCCGUGUUGUAGAGUACCGAUGAGACUUUGUGAAAAGCAAAGUUUUAACCAAGUUGAGACAAAUGUAAAGCCACGUCAGAACUCGACCGUCCAGAGUGGGAUGUUGGAGGUGCGAGGCUAGUUGCUGGAGGCAUAAGUGAAUCAGUACGUGACGCAUCAGCGACAACAGGAGAUCAAGCAGCAGCUGAAGCAGCUCCAGAAAGAGGAAAUGUUUUGAAAAGAAGGAGGUCUUGAUUCGCUGGUACAUAAUAUGGCUAAGUUACCUUCAGCGAGGCUAUCGGUUUACCCCCUUUAGAUUCCUAUAACUAUUAUAUGGGCCACCUUUCUUGGAUAUAAAACGUCAACGUCAGAGAAUAACCAGUUUCGAUUAUACUCAUGUUGCCCUUCAUCAACUGUAUAGUCAACCCUUUCGUCUAUGGAUUCACAUCAAAGGUGUUCCGACAGCACCUUGUGUCUCUCGUGUGCCCUUGCAGAGUUAGAACUGAACUGACAAACUCAUCAGCAACCACAAAAAGAUCACUUGAAUCUGUUCUGUGACUUGUUAACGUACCCUGACCUGCCGAUCACAAGACCCAGUGCAUUAAACAGCUGGCCCUGGAGAAAUAUAUGCAAAGUAACCACUGUCCACAUGCCGUGUUACAGACAACAUGUUUUGAACUGAGCUGAGUGGCGAGUGAGUGAGCGAGUGAAUUUUAUAUUUUGGCCAUGAUUAGCAAUGUUCCAUCCAUAUCACAGGGGCACGGAAAUAUGUCAGGGCAGGUCUGACCAACAUGUAAUCGGGACUCGCUAUCAGCCACACUACACAUUGACCACGCGAUCCCCACUGGUCACCUGUUACAGCACUGAGGACUACAGGGGACCUACUCUGCCUCAGACUUCCCAUGGAGGGACAAACAAGGGGUACUGGGACCAAUUCUGCUAAUUCAGAUGUAGCAUGGACAUAGGGAAGA